AUGUCUGAUGCAUACCCAGAAUAUAUAGAAGAAUUUAGUAUAGAGAUAUUUGAUUUCAAUCCGAUUGGCCCUACUGCCCAUAUACCUUUACCUGAAACUUUGCCAAAACGUAAUAAUGGAAUUAUAAAUAUUCAAAAUGAUGAUGACUGGUGUUUCGGCUGGAGUGUCCUAGGAGCUUUGCAUCCGGUUAAAGUUCAUCCAGAGAGAAAUCCACAUUGGCUAUAUGGAGGUUUUGUAGAAGAACUUAACAUGAAUGACAUUCCAGUUCCGGUACCUGUCUCAACACCAGUUUAUAAAAAGUUCAAAGAAAAUAACCCUGAAAUCAUUAAGAAUAAGAGUAUCAAAGCUUUUUAUAACCAUAAAUGCAUGCAACCAAAUCCAUAUCGCAUUUUCUGGGAUCUAGAAAUGCUAACCGAAAAGUUAAACCCAGAAGAGAAGACGAAGUUAACCCAUACUGAAAGAUUACAGAUGCACAAGCCGUGUGGCUAUUGCUAUGUAGUUGUUCGUAUGGAUAGUUCACUUAACUAUGAAAUCAUAAGUCAUGAUUUAUAUAGGGGUCCAGAUGCGCUUGAAAGAUUCGUUGUAAAAAUUGAGGAGGAGCUGGCAAACAUACAGGAGGACUUAUCUGCGCCUGCAGAAAUAAUAAUGUCACCAGGAGAUCUUAAAGCAUACAAUGAGGCAACAGAAUGCUGGAUUUGCAAGGGACCUUUCUUAAAACCAGCACCAGAAGUAAUACAAAAACUCGAAGAAGCAAAGCAUAAUUUAUUAGAAAUCAAAGAAUGGGAAUCAUGCAUGGAAAAGGAACAUUCUAAAAAGAAAGAGGCACAGAAAAAAUACUGA